AAGAAUUUCUCUUCGAACUGUCGUUUCCCCCUUUCUCUCCAUUUCUCCUGGCACAGUCACAGCCACGGUUCUGUACAAAACCCUCCCAGGGACUGAUAUCGCCGCUCUGUAUGUUCUGAUCGAUCUUUCUCCAUGGCGGAAAUCACCAGGCUCCUCGAGAUCCUUAGCGAGACGAGGCCCCCAAGGUUUUCUCAGAAGUUGCUCUCUGGUGCUGCGCGGCCAGGCCUGAAAGCAAUCCUUUCUAUACUGGAAGAGGGAAUCAGAGUCGCCGAUCAAGGUCGUUUGGUCUUGCAGAGCUGGAGUCGGCCACAGAUCGAAGCCGUCAUAUCGGUGGCCGAGGUGAUCGUCGCAGCAAGCCUUUCCAUCUCAGUUGAGCAACAGGAUUUGUUGCUUGUAGCGAUCGCCCAGAAAUCUUUAGAACUAUGUCUUUGUUCUCUGGAGAAGUUUUCGUUUGAUGGAGGUGAUUUCAGUUUGCAGAAUAACUGUUUGCAUAUAAUGGAAAUGGCUUUAAUUUCUAGCUCUACUAUUGACCAUCAUGCAACAAAAAAUGAGUCCUUAAACACCUUACUGGGUUUAUUGCCUCCUAUCACCAUUCAAGAUGGUAGUGGUGAUUUUAAAAAUGGUCCUGCAUCCAGCCUGAAAGGUAUUAACUACUUGAAAGAGGGUUAUUCUGUGGAUAGAGUCCUGAAAUUCUUAUCUUUGGAUAGUUCAAACCCAGAUUGUUGUCUUCCCAGACAAUUUUCCGAAUAUCCAAAUACUCAAUUUUCAGACAAGAUAAUGUCAAUUGCACAGCAUUGGGCAGUUGUUUGCUUGAAUUGCUUCCCUCGUCUACUCAUACUUUGCGAACAACUACUUCAGCCUCCCAUUUCUUUUGAUGACAGGAUGGAUGAUGGAAGUUUUAGUUCUAGAGUGGCAUUUGUUGGAAGAAUUUUUAAAUUUCUUGGACAUCUUAUGAGGGAAGUUACUCUAGAUACUUAUGCUGCAGAACUGUUACAUGCAGUGGCAGGUUGUGCUGAUGCGAUUCUUCCUUUGUUCAAAUUGAAAAUGGACUUUCUGAAUUUUGAUCCGGCAAAUACUGGUAAUAAUCUCGGGAGCUUGGUGUUACUGGUUUUGGAGGAAUUUCUACAUUUUAUCCAGAUUGGAUUUCUGGAUGGUCCGGUAACUCAAAAUGUUCGCGUAUGCAUUGUUGCUUCCAUGUUAGAUAUUUUGGACUGCAACUCCUGGAGAUAUGAUAGUUUACAAUCUUCUGUAGAGGCUCCCUUAGUUUACUGGCCUCAGUUUGUUUUGUACAUGGUUAAGCUUCUUAAAGAUGCUAAAAGCUGGAUGUCUCAUGACAAGAAGUUUGUACUAGAAAAUUAUUACUUGGUAUCUGAUACUUAUAGUCCUUGCUGCAUUGGCUCGGGGAAGAUCCUUUUGCUAAGAAACUAUACGUGUGAGGAAUAUGUAAGCUUCAUUUUUCCUCAAUCAAAGCAAUGGGUGGAUGGUUUGAUUCAGCUUGCAUUUUUUUUACACUCAGAAGGAGAAGACUUAAAAGCCAAGUUUGAUAAACCACGUCUAACUGUGUUAAAAACUUCAAUUUCAAUGGAAUCUGAUGGUGGAGCUAAUCAUGAAGAUGAAGCCCUUUUUGGAGACCUUUUUUGUGAAGCCAACCGACCCAUUGGAUUUUCAGAUGGGGUCGAACAACCACCUUUAGCAGUUUGUGGUACUUUUGAAAGCUAUCACUUGCCAAUCCAAGCUGCUUCUGAACUGCUGUUCUUUCUUAAGGUGUGUAUAUUUUCUCCGGAAUGGGAUAGUACUAUUUUUGAGCAUGCUUUCAGAAUGGUCAAUGAGAAUCACAUAGAUUGGUUGCUUCUUAUGCUUGGUUGCCAUAACUGUUUGUUUGAAGCAGAAAAAGGUACAGUUGCACCUUCAAAAGGAACCAUGCAUGUGAGUCAGAUCUGUUAUGACCUAUUGCUCAUUAUUCUUGGCCACCAAGCUUUGUCUUCUUCCUUGAGAGAAAAGCUUGUUGAUAAAGUCUUACGAAUAGAAAAUGGAAUGCAUAUCUAUAACAGUUACGCUCUUGCUCUGUUAGCUCAUAUUUUGGUUUCCCAUUUGAAAUUAGAUCGUAGUCAUCUGACAAUGAAAAUCUUCAGUGAAUAUGUUGGUUUUGUUUUGGGGAAGGUUGAGAGUGUCUGUUUUAGAUGUCCUGAUUCCAAUGAUUUCUUGAAGACUCUACCUUGUUCUUUCCACUUGGAAAUUCUUCUUAUGGCAUUUCACCUGUCAAAUGAAACUGAAAAGGCUGCAAUUGCUAAUUUCAUCAGUUCUUCUUUUAGACAGAUAAAUGCACCUCCUGAUGGAUGUAGUGCAAAGCAGCUAUCUUAUUGGGCUAUUGUAGUUUCCAAGCUGCUCUUGAUUCUGCGGCAUAUGUUACUUUACCCACGAACUUUUCCUUCAUGGUUACUUCUACGAAUGAGAUCAAAAUUGAGGGAAAUCGCAUCCGGAAAAUCUUUGUAUCAUUCAUUAGAUGAUCAUAUGCCAUCCUGGGCAUCCAUUGUGGCAGAUAUGAUGUUUGAAGAUUGCGGAAAAAUGUCAAUUGAUGUUAUUUGGCAUUCUCAGUUGAUUGAUGUCACUCCUCUUUUCGAUCCCCAAUGGAGGGAAGAUAGUUCUAUCAAGUGGUUGGGAUUGAAUUGGAGUGAUAUUUCAGCAACAACUUCAUGGAUUUUGGAUUUUUGGAGAGAUAAGAAGGCUGAAGCUGUGGAGCAUCUCAUAAUUGAAAGAUAUAUCUUCUUUCUUUGCUGGGGUACUAUUUCAAAUACCGAUUUUGAUGAUUCUUCCUGUGUUCAUUCUUCAAGAUGGUAUGACCUUGAUCCUUCUAGUGCUCUGCCUUUCUUUCAUUUUGUCCUUACUGCCACAAGCAACAGUGGUGGUGAUAAUGAUGGCACCAUUGUUUUAGAAGACAUAUUGAAUCAACUUCAGAAGUUUUAUUUAGAGAUUACAUCCGCUGAGGCUCAAGCGCUUGGCUGGAAUUUCUUGAGGAAGGGUGCAUGGCUUUGCUUGCCUCUCUCUUUGAUUAACUCUGGCAUUGGGGAAUAUCUUUCGAAUCAUGUUAAUUCUGUUGCUGAACCAUUCUGUAACCAGAACCCAAAAAAUAGCCAAAGUGAAGAGUUUUGGCCUCAUAUGGUUCAGAGCAAUAAGAUGGGAUGGCUUUUAAAUUUACUAUCAACUAUGUUGAGGACGCAAUUGCAAGUUCUUCAGGAAGCAUUUAUUUUGGUCACCAAUCGAACUGGCCAAUUCCCUGCAGAUGGGUUUUCUCCCAUUUUAUUGCUUAAAUACACCGGGCUUAAGAAAAAUGAACAGGAUGUUCUGCUUCAGAAGUAUGGUUGCAGUUUUGAAAUGCUGGAGCCAACAUUUGGCUUUAUGUCAAAGCUUGAAGAGCAUCUCAAACAUGAAUCUGGAAUUAAUGUUGGCAUUUUCUGGAGGUCCUUUCUUCAUGGUUUUCCAUCAAAUUCAGAUCCUUCUAGUGCUAUUUUGCUUUCCAGUGCUAUCAUUGUAAGAGAGAUCUUGUGCACUUUGGAAGGGUGUCUCAAGAUCAAAGAUGCAGGAUUGAACUUUCACAUUGAGACUGCUGUGCUUCCUGAACUCCUUGAAAUUAUAAUGAAUAUCCGAAAUGAUAGAAUUUUUCAAUGUAUGCAUGAAAAAUGUGAAGCUUUGGUUGCCAGUAUUAUUGGACAUCAAAAGGAAUUGUUAGGUUAUAGUGAUUUGUUUGCCUUGAAGCAAAUAGAAGGGCUUCUGGCUGCCAUGAAUUCCAUAGACUCGGUUGAUCCUGGGAUGCAUGAAUUGCUUGUUGCACAUGUCGUUGAUUUUAUUGAGGCCCUGCAAGGUGAUGAUUAUAAAGCAGGAGUUUCUAAAUAUUAUCUAGGUUCUGAUGAAGAAAUUUCUGAAGUUGCCAGAGAACUUUUCAAAAAGCAGCGUGGUGACUUGUUGGUUCUCAUAAAUUCAUUAGAUAAAUGCCAGUCUGGGACUGUUAAUUUGAAGGUCCUUAACUUCUUUAAUAAUCUUCUAUCUAAUGGAAAUUGUCCUGGAUUAGCAGAGAAGGUGCAGUUGAAAUUUCUUGAUAUGAAAAUGCCACACCUAACACAUUGGUUGGAAAGUAGACUACUAGGAUGCUUGAUAAAUUCUCCCAAUGAUGAUGUUGAUGCAAAGGGAAGUUCUACAUCACUAAAAGAAUCUACCAUGAGUUUUAUUACUUAUUUGACAACACAUCCUUUGAACAAAUUCUCUGAACAGUUCCAUGUUCAUAUUGUUGAUGGUUUUCUUAUGUUACUUGAUAAAGCUUUUACGUCUUAUGAUCUUCACACGUCUAAAGCUUAUUUCAGUUUUAUGCUCCUGCUUUUGCAUGGAAAGCCAUCCAUGAACCUACUUUUGGAGAGAACAUUGCUGCUAUUGGUGAAGCUGGUGGACAGUGAGGAAUUCCUUCCAGGCUUAAAAUUCCUUCUUAGUUUUCUUUGUUCCUUUUUGGGUGAUUGUGGGGCGAACAAGAAAGCUAUGGAAAGAUUUCCAUCAAAACUCAGCACAAAUAAUAGUUUUGGAUCAGCACAAGUGAAUCCAAAAUCAAUAGGUUCCCCAAAAAAUGCCGAGAAACUGGUACUUACACGAAAUCCAGAAAAUGCUUCUGCAUCAAUUGAUUGUGAUGCAACUUCUGCUGAUGAAGAUGAUGAUGAUGGCACUUCUGAUGGUGAUUUGGGUAGCCUAGAUAAAGAGGAGGAAGAAGAUGGGAAUAGUGAGAGGGAACUUGCCUCUAAAGUAUGCACAUUUACAUCUAGUGGCAGUAACUUUAUGGAGCAACAUUGGUAUUUCUGUUAUACUUGUGAUUUAACCAUCUCUAGAGGCUGUUGUUCCAUUUGUGCCAAGGUCUGCCACAAAGGUCAUCGUGUUGUUUAUUCUCGGUCAAGCCGUUUUUUUUGUGAUUGUGGGGCCGGAGGAGUCAGAGGAUAUGCCUGUCAGUGUUUAAAACCUCGGAAAUUUACUGACACCAGCAAUGUACCAUCUGGCGGUGCUAAUAGUUUUCAAUCUUUCGUGCACCUGUCUGAAGAUACUGAUGAGGCACCAGAUAGUGACUCAGAUUUGGACUAUGAUGCUUGCGUAGAUAUUGACGAUUCAUUAAAGUUGUCUAUUUCUAAAGAUUUUCAGAUGGAACUGCCAAACAUGCUUGAAAAACUUGAUCUUGAAAGUCGGAUAGUUGAAAUUUGUGAGCGUCUACUUCCUGCACUUAUCAGUCAAAGGGAUUCAACUAUUUUGAAGGAUAAGGAAAUAGCACUUGGUGAUGAUAAGAAAAUAUCCUACAAAGUUGAUCUCUUACAACUAAAGAAGGCUUACAAGAGUGGAUCACUUGACCUGAAGAUCAAGGCAGAUUAUCCAAACUCCAAGGAAUUGAAAUCACAUUUGUCUAGUGGUUCUCUAACAAAAUCAUUGCUUAGUAUUAGUGUUCGAGGUAGGCUUGCUGUUGGAGAGGGCGACAAGGUGGCUAUAUUUGACGUUUUGCAGCUAAUUGGACACCCAACUGCAGCACCUGUGACAGCAGAUAAGGCCAAUGUGAAGCCACUUUCUAGGAACAAUGUGCGUUUUGAAAUAGUGCAUGUAGUCUUCAAUCCUAUUGUUGAAAAUUAUCUUGCUGUGGCAGGAUAUGAAGACUGUCAGAUCCUCACCAUAAAUCCUCGUGGUGAAGUGACUGAUCGUCUUGCUGUUGAGCUAGCUUUGCAAGGCGCAUAUAUACGAAGGGUGGAGUGGGUUCCUGGUUCUCAGGUCCAACUAAUGCUAAUUACUAACAUGUUUGUAAAGAUAUAUGACCUUUCACAGGAUAGUAUCAGUCCCAUGCACUACUUUACACUUUCUGAUGAUUUGAUUGUUGAUGCAAUGCUUAUUCCAGCUUCAAUGGGAAAACUUUUUCUUCUUGUUUUAUCAGAGACUGGAUCUUUGUUCCGGCUGGAAGUGUCAAUGGAAGGUGAUGUUGGGGCAAAAGCUUUAAAAGAUGUAAUUCAGGUGCAGAAGAAAGCUACACAGUCAAGAGGUCUCUCUUUAUAUUUUUCCUCAACAUACAGGUUGCUUUUCUUGUCUUAUCAAGAUGGAGUGAACCUUAUCGGACGCCUGGAUGCUAAUGCGACAUCGCUUACGGAAUUAUCAGCUAUUUAUGAAGAUGAUCAAGAGGGUAACAUCUGUCCAGCUGGAUUACAACAUUGGAAAGAAUUGUUUUCAGGGAGUGGAAUUUUUAUUUGUCUCUCAACUUUAAAGUCUAAUGCUGCUUUGGCAGUGGCUAUGAGCCCUCAUGACUUAUUUGCCCAGAACAUGAGAUAUGCUGCAGGAUCUUUGUCCUUGGUUGGCGUGGCCGCAUAUAAACCUUUCUCAAAGGAUAAAAUUCAUUGUCUUUUUUUAAAUGAUGAUGGAAGCCUUCAAAUUUACUCCUAUGUGCCAGUAGGGGACGUUUCUCCAUCAAACAACAAUGUUGAGCAAACAAAGAAAUUAGGAUCCAACAUCCUAAAUAAUAGAGUUUAUGCUGGCUCAAAACCAGAGUUUCCUCUGGACUUCUUUGAGAAAGCAAUUUCCAUCACAGCUGAUGUGAAGAUGAGUUGUGAUAACUUUAAGAACUGUGAUUCUGAAGGCAUUAAGCAAAAGCUUGGUCCAGACGAUGGGUUCCUUGAGAGUCCAAGUGCUGCAGGAUUCAAGAUAACCAUAUGCAAUACAAAUCCAGAUAUUGUUAUGGUUGGCGCUCGUUUAAGUGUGGGCAAUACAUCCCUAAACCAUAUUCCUUCUGAAAUUACAGUUUUCCAAAGGGUAGUUAAAUUGGACGAAGGAAUACGUUCAUGGUAUGAUAUUCCUUUUACAAUUGCUGAAUCUCUUCUGGCUGAUGAGGAAUUCACAAUCUCUAUAGGCCAAACCUUUAAUGGUACUAGUCUGCCUAGAAUAGAUUCUUUGGAAGUUUACGGACGAGCUAAGGAUGAAUUUGGUUGGAAAGAGAAAAUGGAUGCAAUUCUGGACAUGGAAGCCCAUGUAUUAGGAGCUAAUGCGGUUGCUCAGGGUCCUAGAAAGAAAUGCCGGACUAUGCAAGCUGCUUCUAUUCACGAGAAGGUUGUGGCAGAUGCACUGAUACUCCUUUCGAGGACAUGUUUAUUAAGUAGGUCACAUUUUGCUACUGACAUUGAAGGUGCUAAUUUAGUGCUCAAUGAGUUAAAGUGCAAAAAUGUUCUGGAGACAAUUUUUCAAAGCGACAAAGAACCAUUAUUGCAAUCUGCUGCUUGCCACGUUCUUCAAUCUUUUUUCCCAAAAAGGGAGAUUUACUACCAUGUCAAAGAUACCAUGCGCCUUUCAGGAGUUGUUAAAUCUUUCCCCAUGCUAAUUUCAAGAAUUGGAAUUGGUGGAGCUAUUGCCGGAUGGGUUAUAAAAGAGUUUACAUCACAGAUGCACGCUGUCUCCAAAAUUGCCUUGAACCGCAGAUCAAACAUGGUUUCUUUUUUGAAAUUGCAUGGUUCUGGAGUAGUGGAUGGGCUGAUGCAAGUCUUGUGGGGUAUUUUGGACACGGAGAGACCUCAAACACAAACAAUCAAUCACAUUGUAAUACCUGCUGUGGAGCUUCUAUAUAGUUAUGCUGAAUGCCUAGCUUUACAUGGAAUCGAAGCCUCUGAACAUUCUGUAGCACCAGCAGUUUCAUUGCUGAAGAAACUUCUUUUUUCUCCUUACGAAGAAGUCCAGACGUCAUGCAGUUUGGCUAUGUCGUCCAGGCUGCUUCAAGUUCCUUUUCCAAAGCAGACAAUGUUAGCUACUGAUGAUACUACAGAAAAUUCUGCAGCACAGGUUCCUUCUAGUGGAGUUGCUAAUGGAGGUAAUGCACAGAUCAUGAUUGAGGAAGAUUCUACAACUUCGUCUGUACAGUACUGUUGUGAUGGCUGCUCAACAGUUCCUAUAUUACGCCGGCGAUGGCAUUGCAAUGUAUGCCCAGAUUUUGACUUGUGUGAGGCUUGUUAUGAAGUUCUAGAUGCUGAUCGCCUCCCUCCUCCACAUUCCAGAGAUCACCCAAUGUCUGCAAUUCCCAUCGAAAUUGAGUCAGUUGGGGUUGAUGGCAAUGACAUCCACUUCUCCAUGGAUGAAUUGAAUGACGUAGGCAUAAUGCCAAUAGCUGUUGAUACAAGCAUGCUGAACUCUCCAUCAUCAGUUCAUGUUUUGGAAACUAAUGAAACUGGGAAUUUUUCUUCAUCUUUGGUUGACCAGAGAAUAGUUACAAUUUCAGCUUCAAAGCGUACUGUGAAUUCUUUGCUGCUCCGUCAAUUGCUGGAAGAGCUCAAGGGAUGGAUGCUGACAACUUCUGGUGUGCGGGCUAUUCCUGUUAUGCAGUUGUUUUACAGACUAUCUUCUGCAGUUGGUGGCCCUUUUAUGGAUAGUUUGAACCCGGAGAAUUUGGACCUAGAAAAAUUUGUAAAAUGGUUUUUGCAUGAGAUUGAUCUUAGCAAACCAUUUUCAGCCAAAGACCGCUCAUUUUUUGGGGAAGUAUCUAUUCUUGUUUUCAUGUACUUCACCUUAAUGCUUCGGAAUUGGCAUCAACCUAGUGGUGACAGUUCUCUAUCAAAACCGGCUGGUGCUGCUGACUCCCAAGAUAAAGCAUCUGUUCAGGUUCAGUUUUCAUGUGUAACGCUUCCAUCUCCUGAUGAUAAAGAAAAAAAUGAGUUCACUUCACAGCUCAUUCGUGCCUGCUCAAUACUAAGACAGCAGUAUUUUCUUAACUAUUUAAUGGAUAUAUUGAGCCAACUUGUGAUUAUUUUUAAGUCCUCUGCGGGGAACUUUGAAAGUGGGGCAGCAGGGUCUGGUUGUGGCUCUUUGUUAAGUGUUCGAAGAGAGCUCCCAGCUGGUAAUUUCUCUCCUUUCUUUUCAGAUUCUUACGCCAAAACACACCGUGCUGAUCUUUUUGGGGACUACCACAAACUACUGCUUGAAAACACUUUCCGCCUGGUUUAUAGUUUGGUACGCCCUGAGAAGGCUGAAAAAUCAGCUGAUAAGGAUAAAACAUGUAAGAUGGGCCUUGGAAAGGAUUUGAAGUUAGAUGGAUUUCAGGAUGUUCUCUGUAGUUAUAUUAACAAUCCACAAACCGCAUUUAUACGUAGGUAUGCUAGAAGGCUCUUCUUGCAUCUAUGUGGUAGCAAAACUCAUUAUUACAGCGUGAGAGAUACAUGGCAGUUCUCUAAUGAGGUUAAGAAGUUGUACAAACUUGUGAAUAAAACAGGAUGCUUUCAAAAUCUAGUGACAUAUGAUAGAAGUGUCAAGGUUGUUAAAUGUCUGUCGGCUUUGUCUGAGGUUGCUGGCGCCAGGCCCAGAAAUUGGCAGAAGUACUGCUUGAAACAUUCCGACUUUAUACCCUUUUUGGUAAAUUCAAUUUUUAAUUUUGGGGAAGAGUCCACCAUCCAAGCUCUUAAACUUCUCAACCUUGCCUUUUUCAAUGGAAGGGAUCUUGGUCCCUCCAUUCAAAAAGUGGAUGCUGGUGAUACCGGAUCAAGCUCUAAAAAGGUUGGAACUCAGUCUUUAGAUUCAAAAAAGAAGAGAAAGGGAGAAGAGGGAAAUGAAAGUGGCUCUGACAAGUCUUUUAUGGACAUGGAACAAGCUGUAGAGACAUUCAAUGACAAAGAUGGCUCUGUUUUGAAGCGAUUUAUUGAUUCAUUUUUACUGGAGUGGAAUUCAGAAAGUGUUCGCCUUGAGGCUAAAUGCAUUUUAUAUGGCAUCUGGCACCAUGGAAAACCAUCAUUCAAGAAGUCUAUGCUAACGGCUCUUCUAGGAAAGGUGAAAUUCCUGCCAAUGUAUGGUCCUAACAUUGUCGAGUGUAUAGAACUCAUGACCUGGAUACUAGGAAAGGAUCCUGAUGGAACUAUUAAGCAAAUUGACACUGAACUUGUAAGUAGUUGCUUAACGUCUGAUGUAAUAAAUGACUUAUUUGAUACUCUUCACUCACAGAAUGAGCUCUUGGCAAAUCAUCCAAAUUCACGUAUAUAUAACACGUUAAGCGGUUUGGUAGAUUUUGACGGUUACUAUCUUGAAAGUGAACCCUGUGUAGCUUGUAGUUGUCCGGAGCUGCCUUACAGCAGGAUGAAGCUGGAAAGCCUUAAAUCGGAGUCAAAAUUUACCGACAACCGUAUAAUUGUCAAAUGCACUGGAAGUUAUACUAUCCAAACGGUGACAAUGAAUGUACAUGAUGCUCGGAAGUCUAAAUCUGUGAAAGUUUUGAACUUAUACUACAACAAUAGGCCUGUAUCCGACUUAUCAGAACUAAAGAAUAAUUGGUUGCUGUGGAAACGUGCAAAGAGUUGCCAUCUUGCUUUUAAUCAGACAGAGUUGAAGGUUGAAUUCCCAAUUCCUAUCACUGCUUGCAAUUUUAUGAUUGAGCUGGAUUCCUUCUAUGAAAAUCUUCAAGCUUCCUCGCUAGAGUCAUUGCAGUGCCCCCGCUGUAGCAAGCCUGUGACAGACAAACAUGGUCUCUGUGGCAAUUGCCACGAAAAUGCUUACCAAUGUCGACAAUGUCGUAACAUCAAUUAUGAUAAUCUUGAUUCUUUCCUCUGCAAUGAGUGCGGUUAUAGCAAGUAUGGGCGCUUUGAAUUCAGUUUUAUGGCAAAGCAAAGCUUUUUAUUUGAUAAUAUGGAAACUGAUGAUGAUAUGAAGAAAGGUUUGGCAGCAAUUGAAGCAGAAUCUGAGAAUGCGCAUAGAAGAUACCAGCAACUUGUGGGGUUUAAGAAACCUUUGCUUAAGCUUAUCUCUAGCAUUGGGGAGCAUGAAAUAGAUCCACAGCAAAAGGAUACUGUCCAACAAAUGAUGGUUUCUUUACCUGGUCCUUCUUGCAAGAUAAACAGGAAAAUUGCACUUAUUGGCGUGCUUUAUGGUGAGAAAUGUAAAGCUGCUUUUGAUUCUGUCAGUAAAAGUGUCCAAACCUUGCAAGGUCUCCGGAGAGUGUUGAUGAAUUACCUGUAUGAGAAAAAUACUGAAGAUGUAGUCACAGCUGCAAGAUUUGCUGUUCUCCGUUCUCCAAGUAACUGCUAUGGAUGUGCUACUACAUUUGUUACACAGUGUAUGGAGUUGUUGCAAGUUCUGUCGAAGUGUGGAGGCUGCAAGAAGCAACUUGUUGGUGCUGGCAUCUUAUCAGAGUUGUUUGAAAACAAUAUUCAUCAAGGUCCUAAGACAGCUCGUAUCCAGGCAAGGGUUGUUCUCUGUGCUUUCUCAGAAGGGGAUUCUACUGCAGUGGCUGAGCUGAAUGCUUUGAUACAGAAGAAAGUGAUGUAUUGUCUAGAGCACCAUCGCUCCAUGGAUAUUGCUCUAGCAACUCGGGAAGAGCUGUUUUUACUUUCAGAGACAUGUGCUUUGGUGGAUGAAUUCUGGGAAAUAAGGCUCCGUGUUGCUUUUCAACUUCUAUUUUUUUCAAUUAGAGUAGGUGCAAAGCACCCUUCCAUAUCAGAACAUGUAAUUCUUCCUUGUUUAAGGAUGAUAUCUCAGGCAUGCACUCCUCCUAAAACUGAUGUUGCAGAGAAGGAACAAGGAGGGAAAUCAACUAACUUACAGUCUAAGAGUGACCUUGCUGUAAAACCUUUUAUAUCUUUGGAAAACUUUCCUGGUGGGGGCAAGUCACCUUCUGACUUACCAGAAAAACAAUGGGAUGGUAGUCAAAAGGCUCAGGAUAUUCCACUUUUGAGCUAUUCUGAGUGGGAAAGGGGUGCAUCAUAUCUUGAUUUUGUUCGGAGGCAAUACAAAGUCUCACUGGCAGUUAAAGUUACGACCCAAACGGCUCGUCAGGAUCCUCAGAAGUCUGAUUACCUAGCUCUUAAAUACGGACUUAAAUGGAAGCGUCUUUCUUGUAAAAGAACAGCCAAGAGCGACUUCUCAUCAUUUGCACUGGGUUCUUGGGUUUCAGAUUUGAUAUUAAGUGCUUGCUCACAGUCCAUAAGAUCUGAAGUAUGCACUCUCAUCAGUUUACUAUGUCCACAAGAUUCACCAAGGCAUUUCCAGUUGUUGAACCUACUCAUGUUGCUGCUUCCUGCAACACUACCCACUGGUGAAAGUGCAGCAGAAUAUUUUGAGUUGUUCUUCAAAAUAAUAGAUCCUGAAGCUGCUCGUCUUUUCUUAACUGCAAGGGGAUGCCUGACUACGUUAUGCGGAUUAAUAGGGCAGGAGGUAGGUAAUGUGAAUUCACAAGAGCGGAGCCUCAAUAUUGAUAUCUCACAGGGAUUCAUCCUCUAUAAACUUGUCGAGCUGCUUAGUAAGUUUCUUGAGUUGCCUAACAUUCGGGUGAGAUUCAUGAAAGACGAGCUGUUAUCUCAAAUGCUUGAGGCUCUCCUUGUCAUUCGUGGACUAAUUGUGCAAAAGACGAAACUAAUAAGUGAUUGCAACAAGCUUUUAAAAGAUCUUUUGGAUGGUCUAAUGUUGGAGAGCACCGGUAACAAACGCAAGUUCAUUCAUGCUUGUAUCUCUGGCCUUCAGAAUCAUGUGAAGGAGAAAAAAGGACUCACUAAGCUGUUCAUUUUGGAGCAGCUCUGCAAUAUGAUAUGCCCAUCUAAGCCUGAGCCUGUUUAUCUUCUGAUUCUCAACAAGGCACAUACACAAGAGGAGUUUAUUAGGGGUUCCAUGACGAAGAAUCCUUAUUCAAGCCUUGAAAUUGGUCCUUUAAUGAGAGAUGUUAAAAACAAAAUUUGUCAUCAACUUGAUCUCUUGGGCCUUCUUGAAGAUGAUUUUGGGAUGGAAUUGUUAGUUGCUGGAAAUAUAAUAUCACUCGACUUGAGCAUUUCACAAGUAUAUGAGCAGGUAUGGAAGAAGUAUCAUAGCCAAUCACAAAGCAAAUUGGCCAGCACUGUUACACCUUCCUCUACUGCAUUCACAUCAAGCCGAGAUUGUCCGCCAAUGACAGUAACAUACAGACUCCAGGGUUUGGAUGGUGAAGCAACUGAGCCAAUGAUUAAAGAACUUGAAGAGGAAAGAGAGGAAUUACAGGACCCUGAGGUUGAGUUUGCCAUAGCAGGUGCUGUAAGGGAAUGUGGAGGGCUUGAAGUUAUUUUGACUAUGAUCCAGAAUCCGGGAGAUGACGAGCUGAAAUCCAAUCAUGAAGAAUUGGCUUCAGCGCUCAAUCUUCUGAUGUAUUGCUGCAAGAUACGAGAAAACAGGCGGGCUUUGUUACGCUUAGGGGCUUUGGGGAUGCUUUUGGAGACAGCAAGACGGGCUUUCUCAGUAGAAGCCAUGGAACUUGCUGAAGGCAUCCUUUUGAUUGUGGAGAGCCUCACGAUGGAAGCUAAUGAGAGUGAUAUUGGAAUCACUGAGAGUGUCCUUACAAUUACAAGUGCAGAAAGUGGUGCUAGUGAACAGGCGAAGAAGAUAGUUCUAAUGUUCCUAGAAAGACUAAGUCAUCCUAGCCUAAAGAAGUCCGAUAAACAGCAACAGAACAAUGAAAUGUUAGCAAGGAUACUUCCCUACUUGACUUAUGGGGAGCCAGCAGCAAUGGAAGCUCUUAUCCAACACUUUGAUCUUUGCUUGCAUGACUGGGAUGAAUUUGAUCGUUUGCAGAAAGAGUAUGAGGAUAAUCCCAAAGUUGAGCUCUUGGCUUCACAAGCAGCAAAACAGAGGUCUGAUGUGGAAAAUUUUGUUCGGGUAUCAGAGUCCCUUAAGACUAGUUCUUGUGGAGAGAGGCUUAAGGACAUCAUUCUUGAGAAAGGAAUCACACAGGUAGCUGUUCAAUUCUUGCGAGAAUGCUUUGCAGUUGUGGGUCAGGCUGGAUACAGAUCUAGUACCGAGUGGGCAGAUGGAUUAAAACGUCCGUCAAUUCCAUUGAUCUUGUCCAUGCUGAGGGGACUGUCGAAGGGCCAUUUACCAACACAGAGAUGCAUUGACGAGGGAGGAGUUUUGCCUCUCCUUCAUGCUCUUGAAGGGGUAUCUGGAGAAAAUGAAAUAGGAGCAAGAGCUGAAAACUUGUUGGAUACUUUGUCAGAUAAGGACGAUAUUGGUGAUGGUUUCUUGAAGGAUGAAGUACGUAAGUUGAGACAUGCUACUAGGGAUGAAAUGCGUCGACGGGCUCUGAGAAGAAGGGAGGAGUUACUACAGGGUCUCGGUAUGCGGCAAGAAUUUGCUUCCGACGGGGGUGAACGAAUUGUUGUUUCACAGCCUGCAAUUGAAGGCCUGGAAGAUGUGGAAGAAGAGGAAGAAGGGUUGGCAUGCAUGGUAUGCCGGGAAGGCUACAAUUUGAGACCAAAUGAAAUUUUGGGUGUUUACUCCUACAGUAAACGUGUGAAUCUGGGCGCAAUUUCUUCUGCAAAUGGCCGCGGAGAUUGCGUUUAUACAACUGUGAGUCAUUUUAAUAUAAUUCAUUUCCAAUGCCAUCAAGAGGCAAAACGAGCUGAUGCUAAGCUGAGAAAUCCAAAGAAAGAAUGGGAGGGAGCUACACUAAGGAACAAUAAAACCUUAUGUAAUUCCAUUUUCCCCAUCAAUGGUCCUUUAGUUCCCCUGGCACAGUAUGUUCGGUGUGUUGAUCAGUAUUGGGACAACCUUAAUGCUCUUGGCCGUGCUGAUGGAAGUAGACUUCGUUUGAUCACUUGUGACAUUGUUCUGAUGCUGGCUCGAUUUGCAACCGGCGCUUCUUUCAGCACCGACAGCAAAGGCGGAGGACGAGAAAGCAACGCCCGCUUCCUUCCAUUCAUGAUUCAGAUGGCCUCUCACCUCCUCGACCAAGGAAGCUCCAAUCAACAGCAACGCCAAGUCAUGGUGAAGGCGGUCGCCGCCUACCUCUCCUCCUCUCCUCCAUCGGUUUCCCCUACUCGGCCUUCAUCUUCUCCUUCUUCAACUCGAUCUUCCGUCAGCGCCUCCGACGAAACCAUCCAGUUCAUGAUGGUGAACUCGCUUCUUUCCGAGUCAUACGAGAGUUGGUCUCAACACCGCCUUAGCUUUCUGCAACGAGGCAUAUACCAUGCUUAUAUGCAGAACAAGCACGGAAAGUCUUCCUCGCUUCGGUUCGCCGAACCUGUUGGUAGAAGAGUACAGGAAGGCUCUUCAACAGACAUUAAUGAGAGCGCGAAGCUCUUCGCCGUCAUUCAACCGAUGUUAGUGUACACAGGCUUGAUCGAGCAGCUUCAGCGUUUCUUCAAGCUGAGCAAAGGCGGCUCAAAUAUGGCGGAGGAUUCGGAAGGGAAUAAUGGGAUGGAGAGAUGGGAAAUGGUGAUGAAGGAGAGGUUAAUGAAUGUUAAGGAAAUGGUUGGAUUCACAGAAGAGUUGCUUUCUUAUAUUGAGGAUAUGAACUCAGCUGUUGAUCUGCAAGAGGCAUUUGAUGUGAUGGGGGCUUUGGCAGACGUUCUUUCUGCUGGAUUCUCUACUUGUGAGAAUUUUGUUAAUGUUGCAAUUUCCUCUGUGAGUUAGCUCUGAGAAUUUCAAAAAAAAAAUUUUUUUUGAAGGGGUGGAGGAGAUUUUCUUAUGUAAUUUUUUUUUUUUUGCUUUGAGGGGUGAUGCAUUUUGUGUACCCACUUAUUUUAUCCAAGGACAAAAUGAAAGUUGUGUUUAGCUUAUUUCC